CCUGCCAGUCCUAUCCUGUUCCUACUCUACAUUUCCUCUCUCGAAGAAAGGCUACAGAAGACUGGUCAUGGGUUCAGAGUGGCUAAGAGAGGAGAUUUCUGGAAUGUUAGAGAAAAGAAAUAUCUCAACAUAGCUGGACUUCUAUUUGCCGAUGACCUGAUCCUGAUCGGGAGAAACUUCUCGGAAAUGGAAGAACUGUUAGGAAUCACGUCACAGUUUGGGGACGAGAUGAAACUGACCUUCAACCCAACCAAGAGUGCGAUAGUAAUAUUCUCAAAGUGCAGUCAUAGUACGGAGAGGACACUACAAAUCCAAGGUAAGGAUAUACCAAAGGACACGCGCUACAAAUAUUUGGGAAUCACUGUGUCAGGCUCUGGGAACUACCUAGAUGUCCAAGAGGACAUCUGGGAAGAGAAAUCCCAGAAAGCCCUGAACCAACUGCACGCGAGGGCUCUCUGGGGAUUCAAUAGAUUUGAGAUAUCCAAGACCCUGUGGAAGGCGGUCGCCGUUCCAACGCUCACAUACGCAAAUGCAGUCACAGUCAUGACGAAAACUCUGGAAAACAGGUUAUCGACAGAUCAGAACGCAGCGGGGAAGUACGCUCUUGGUGUUCCCUGCAGUAAGGUGGCAAACGACUUCGUCACCGGAGAACUGGGCUGGUCUUCAUAUAAGGCUAGGGAGGCCCAGAGUAAGAUCAGAUAUUUCACCAGAGUGAAAUCCAUGCCUGACUACAGAUGGCCGAAGGCCAUCAUGAACAUGAUGGAUUUAAUCGGAGUCAAAACAAAGGCAUACCGAAGGGAAAUAGAAUUGCGUCGGGAAUUCGAAUGUGACGAUAUCACAUUAACAUUCACACUAGAAGGCACACCCCUCCUAGGAGUACUCAACAGAGCGAUUAAGGAGAGAAUCCGAGAAGUUGAGACGGCCAACUGGAAAGACUCGAUGAGUCGAAAGAGUAGCCUCGCCCUCUACAGGACCAAUGCGCAGGAGAGAGGGGUGAAGAGAAACCCAUACGACAACAGUAGAGGUUCCGCCCUACUCGCGCUCAGUCGGGCAGGAAUGCUAAGGACAAGAGACGCCAGAGCACGCUCCGAGCCGGCACUAGAAUCCACAUGUAUGAGAUGUGGAAUGGUUCCGGAAACACUAAGCCAUAUCAUUUGCGAAUGCAACGAAGCAUUCUUCGAGGAGGAGGAAAUACGCAUGCGAUUGGGACUCGUCGAAGAACCCUCCUCAGAGAAGAUUGGCAACACCAAGAGAAUCCUACAGCAGUGGGAGAAAGAAACAUGUAAUAUCCGCUGA